CAAACCGAUGUGACCACUUAAAAAUAUGAAAAUUACGACUGAAAAUACAUCAGUCCCCAGCGGAAAGUUUCCCAUCCUUCGGUAUGAACGAACGGUAUCUGAAAUACCCGACAUGUCCGAUACACCGGCGGCGGCAAUCCUUAAUUGCACUUAAAAAUGCGUCAGAUCGAAAUCCGAAUCCUCCUCGCCGAAGAACUUUGAGAGCCAGCGAAAUACCUGAUGCCUACUCCCGAAACACGUCUGAAUGUUAAUGAAACGAAGUGGCACCUCAAGACCCAACCAAGAGUUACUACAUCUCCGGAACCACGAUGGCUAGUCAGUAUGGCUAAAACGUUCGUGGUGUUCGCGACAUACCUGUCGCUAUCUCUCGCGCAGGAUCGGCUUGCCCGAUCUGGAGACUUGGACCGCGGACCUAUCAACCUUUCGGCUGCUGGCAUUGUCAAAAUUGCCGAAAGUAAUGCUUUUACCACGAGAUCAAUAGACUUUUUCGGGAGUGACAGUGAAGAAUCACCCACCAAUUUAGUUUUAAAUAAGAAGUACAAUAACAAUAAUCCUCUUGUUAACCAUACUUUUACCAAGCGUGGACGUGCAGAAGGAACAAAAGGUGUAAGUUACAUAUCGAGUGUCCCUAUCGAGCCUUUGAGACUCAACCGUCUAGAAGUCUGGAAUUCCUCAUCAGCCCUCAAGCGACGCCUGGAACUCAGCACGGAAUUCUUCUUGGUGCCAUCUACUGAUGCCAAUCCUAGCUUCACAACCCCACAACACUCGAUCUAUACAGCUUGUGCGGGAUGCACGGUGAAAAGCACGAAGAUUGGUGCGUUUUUUCGAGACGAAGUAUGGGUGGUGCCUGUUUUAUCCUUGUCAGCCGUCACCAUGAUGCUUAUAGCGGGUUUCGAAGUCUUCGUUUUGUGCAAAGCCUAUUACACCACCCCCAGUAGGAGACACUUGUUCCUAGGACAGAUGCUGCUUUUGGGGUUGUUUUCUGGUGCGGCCCUUGCUAGUGUCUUCACGGCAUCUCCCACGCAGUUCACAUGUGCUAUAGUUCGUUUUGGCACUGGGGUAACUUACGCGAUAAUAUUCGCUUCUCUCCUAGUGAAAUGUGUGUUUUUGGUGAGUUUAAACGGAGGUGUGUACCUUCCUGCACCGUACCAAGGACUCUUGUUGCUUUUCGCUAUUUUGAUCCAGGUAGCUAUAGGCGCCCAAUGGCUCUUAACUAAUCCUCCAAUAGUGGACGAAGUGACAUUCGACAAUGUGAUGCUGGGCGGUAAUAAAUAUGGAGUUCUGGUAACGGCGGAGGAUUUAGGUAAACCAGUAACGGUGCAUCUAUGCCGUACCCCUUUUAUGGACAUGCUUUUCAGCUUGAUCUACGUGAUAUUCCUCGUGGUGUUCGUGACGGUUUUGGCGGUCAAAUCACGUGGCAUACGAGAUAACUACAGGGAGGCUACCUAUAUAGGCAUGUCCGUGGGUUGUAGCAUAAUGAUAUGGGUAAUAUGGACCAUGUCUGGAUUUAUAGUUCACGAAAGGCAUAAAGAUGCAUGCAUCGCGUUCGGGUUGGUUGUAUCUUCGAUCGUUGUUUUUUUAAUAAUGUUUAUGCCGAAGGGGAGACAGCUGGCCGCGAUGGGCAAGGAGGGUGUUUACGUGGAGGACAGAGAGGAGAGAUUCAGCUCCUUGAGUCGCGCUGGUUCUGGUUAUUCCCCUUCCUUCUUCCAUUUUAAGCCCGUGAAGUAUGGCCUUAGUCAUGGAUCAUCGCAAAAAAUCCCGCCAGUAUUAACGACAGUCGGACCAGGUGGAGUCUUCCUCAGUCCUGACGAUGGAAAUGUCUAUACCACAUUGGAACCAACAAUGAGCAGCAAUCCCAAUGUUUACUUCCAAAGAGGUGCUGGACUUCAUCCAGGAAUGAUGUACUGAAGAAUUAUUAUUUAUAUAUGCUAAGAAUACUGCUGAAAUUAUGGAUGUAUCGAAUGUUGUUCGAACGUCCCUGUGUACAGAUCAUUUUAUUAUAAAAUGUAUAGUUUUAAUGUA